AUGAAGACAGCUGUUUGGGCUGGCUGGGACCAUGCUUCAGAGAUUCCAAAGUUACCAGAACUCCUCCAUAGAAAUGGAAUCAUAUUUAUCUGUCCACCAGAGGGAGCUAUGUGGGCCCUGGGGGACAAGAUUGCCUCCUCUAUUGUAGCCCAGACAGCAAAAGUCCCCACCAUGCCAUGGAGUGGAUCAGGCUUGACCCUGAACUACUCUAAGAGUGACAAUAAGCCUGUGAACGUGCCCCAGGACCUCUACAGGAAGGGGUGUGUCGCGGACGUGGACGAGGGUCUGAAAUCAGCCAAUCAGAUCGGGUUUCCUGUGAUGAUCAAAGCCUCGGAGGGAGGGGGAGGGAAGGGCAUCAGGAAGGCAGAGAAUGCCGACGACUUCCCCAAUCUCUUCAGACAGGUGCAGGCUGAGGUUCCGGGAUCCCCCAUCUUCAUCAUGAAGCUGGCGACCCACGCGCGUCACCUGGAGGUACAGAUCCUGGCCGAUAACUACGGUAACGCCAUCUCUCUGUUUGGGAGGGACUGCUCCAUCCAGAGGAGACAUCAGAAGAUCAUUGAGGAGGCGCCCGCCUCUAUAGCCAAACCAGAGGUGUUCGAAAAGAUGGAACAGAUUGCUAUGGGUCUGCCCCUGUACCGGUUGAAGGACAUCAGACAGCUGUAUGAGGUGGAUACGUGGGGGGACAGUCCUAUUGAUUUCUCUAACCCCUCCAUACACCCCCGACCCCGGGGCCAUGUCAUAGCAGCCAGAAUCACCAGCGAAAACCCGGACGAAGGAUUUAAGCCUAGUUCUGGGACCGUCCAGGAGUUGAAUUUCCGCAGCAGUAAGAACGUGUGGGGGUACUUCAGUGUGUCUGCCACAGGGGGACUACAUGAGUACGCUGACUCUCAGUUUGGACACUGCUUCUCCUGGGAGGAGAACCGGGAGGACGCCAGAGAGAAUUUAGUGGUGGCGUUGAAGGAGCUCUCAAUCCGGGGAGACUUCCGAACCACGGUAGAAUACCUCAUCAAACUCUUUGAGACUGAGGAGUACCAGAACAACAAGAUAACGACGGGCUGGCUGGACAAGCUGAUAUCUGAGAACGUCCAGGCAGAGAAGCCGGACGUCAUGCUGGGAGUGAUAUCCGGAGCGCUCCACAUCGGGGACCACCAGAUCCAGGAGUGCUUCCAGAUGUUCCAGACCUCGUUAGAGCGCGGACAGAUCCUGCAGGCCACGUCACUCAAAAACCAUGUGGACGUGGAGUUCAUCAGCGAGGGGAUCAAGUAUAACGUCAAGGUUGUGAAGACAGGCCCAAACAACUACUUUAUUUGUAUGAAUGAUUCCAUGCUAGAAGUGGAGGCACACAGAUUAAGUGAUGGGGGCUUGUUAAUCUCGUUUGAUGGAGCCAGCUUCACUACUUACAUGAAGGACCAAGUAAGCAGCUACAGGAUUACAAUAGGAAACAAAACCUGUGUACUACAUAAGGAGAAUGAUCCUACCAAACUCAGGUCCCCCUCUGCUGGUAAGCUGUUGAAUUACAUGAUAGAUGACGGAGGCCAUGUGUUUGCUGGGGAUGUGUACGCUGAGAUAGAAGUCAUGAAGAUGGUGAUGGAACUCACGGUCACAGAAAAUGGAUGUGUUCAUUACGUUAAGAGGCCGG